CCGCCGCGGCGUUGGAGGCGCCGAUAAUGGAAAACCGCGGAAAGUCCUCCUCCACGCAUGGCAGCAUGCGGAAGCCGGUACACCGCUUCGUCCUGCUCGGCGUCGCCGUCGUCCUGGGGCUGCACUUGGCCGUCAACCUGCGGAUGGCGCCGAGCCGGCGCGUGCACCGGGAGACCCUGCAACGGGGCUCCAAGGCCACGCAGGCGACCGCCACAGCCGCCGCCACCGCGCCUCGAGAGAGCCAGGACGGCGGCGCCAUGCACGUCCGCGACGUCCCCCUGCUGUUGGACACCCCUGGCUGCCGCAUCCCCGACUUGGUCGCCAACAGCAGCGAGGUGGCGCCCUACGUCGUGGACUACGAUAUGGGUGGCGACUGCGGUGACCCGCCACCCCUCGUGCGCUCCACCGACGACACGCUGUACGUGGACAAGGAGGCCCUGGACGCGUACGGGGUGCCCGCCGGCGCGCGGCCCCAGGACCACGUUCGCUGCUGCUACUCCGCCAUGUGGCGCCCGCAGCUCGACGUGGUCGUCCCGGACUGGGGUCCCGGGUCCCCCAUGCCGCCGGUCGACAAGAGGAAGGGGCUCAUGUGGGACAAGGUGGCUUACGGCAACGACAUACGGUACGGGGACGAAUGCGUGCCGUUCUUUGAGCCCGUCGUGGUGCUUCACGAGUUCGUCCGCGUCAACUGCACCGUGACCGUGGCCGCGUCCGUGACCCAGCUCCGCGACUACCACGCCUUCGUGCCGGUGCGGCGUCCUCGCGGCUGGGCGGCCGACGCCGACGACGCCGGCACCAAGGACUCGGAGGCCGCGCUCAACGUGCUGGUGGUGGGCGUGGACUCGGUGUCGCGCCUCAACGCGCUGCGCACCAUGCCGCGCACGCUGGCCGCGCUGGCGCGGCUCGGCGGCACCACCAUGCUGGGCUACAACAAGGUGGAGGACAACACGUUCCCCAACCUGGUGCCGCUCUUGUCGGGGCUCAGCGUGCCCGAGCUGCGGCGCCGCUGCUGGGCCGACGACCACGGCGGCAACGACGCGCACUUCGACGCCUGCUCCUGGAUCUGGAAGCGCUUCAACGCGCGCGGCUACGUCAACAUGUUCGCCGAGGACACGGCGUGGAUGGGGCUCUUCCACUACCUCAAGCAGGGCUUCGUGGUGCAGCCCACGGACUACGACCCGCGGCCCCUGCUCUACGUCGGCGAGCGAGACCUGGGCCGCAAGCUGCGGCGCCGGGGGAGCAGGGUGUGCCUCGGACAGCGCACCCAACUCGAGGUGCUCUUCGAGUACGGCACCAAGUUCGUGCGCGCCAUGGCGCAGCAGCGCAGGAAGUUCUUCGCCGUCGUGUGGGGCACGUCGCUGUCCCACGACGACCUCAACGCCCCCGCCGUGGCCGACGACAUGUACGAGCGCCUCCUGGGGGACCUCGAGGCCACCGGCGUCCUCAACAAGACGGCCUUGGUGUUCAUGAGCGACCACGGCCUCCGCUUCGGCGGCAUCCUGGAGACAGCCCAGGGCCGCCUGGAGGAGCGCCUGCCCCUGAUGCACGUCGUGCUGCCGGAGUGGCUGCGAGCCAGAUACCCUGCCGCGGCGGACAACCUGCAACGCAACGGCGGGCGCCUCGUCACCGUGUACGACUUGCACGAGACCAUGUUCGACUUGAUGGACCUGUCCUCGUUGGAGGCGCGUGCGUCGCGGGAGGGCUCAUUGGACCGCCGCGGCAUCAGCCUCUUCUCGCGUAUUCCAGGAGAGCGGACGUGCGCGCAGGCGGGAAUCCCGGGGCACUACUGUGCCUGCCAGCUGCUCGACCCGGUGCCCGUCAGCGAUCACAGGGUACUUCAGGUGGCUGAGUAUGUCAUCAGUGAAGUAAACUCUAUGCUGUCAUCCUCCCAAGGAGCACAAGGAAGCCCCUGCGCCAAGUUGCAUCUGGACUCUGUGCUUGACGCACGCAAGAGAGCUCUCGGAGGCAAACAUACAAUGCCAAUCUUGGAAGAACAGUACCAGCUGGUGGUACGGACACAGCCAGGGGCAGCUCUGCUGUCAGCCACAGUGACCUAUCGCCUGGGUACAAGCACCAUGCAGCUAGAUGGCACAAUCAACCGCAUCAACAAAUACGGCAAGCAAGGACAGUGCAUCGAAGACUUCAAGCUCAGAAUACUUUGCUACUGUAACAAUAGUCAACAAUAAUGAACAACUGACAGCUCUGUUCAGAAUAGGUCAGAGGAGCAGAUGAAAAUUGAGGGCGCCAGGCCAGGGAUAAUGAAGACAAACCAAGCAGAUAGUUUUCUGUUUUUAUUAAAGAAGUCUCAACUUAGAUCCUGGAGGGGUACAGCAUCUGAAACAAACAAGCACAAAUGUGAAAACACAACAAAAAUAUAAUGUAGGCACAUUAAGACAUUUUUUCACAAUUGAUGGUAGGCAUGCCCCCAGGUCCUAUUGCUCUCUGCUUUGCAACCACUUGAAUAAACCAUUUAAGUUAAAAAGGAACAACCUUUCAAACAAAAAAACAAUUAUUCACAUGCAGAUGAGAUCAAAUUUUCUGUCCCAUUGUUCCCAAUUGCAAUAAAAGCGUUCGUCAAACAGUGUAA